AUGAUCAAAGGCUUGUCAAGUUAUCUUGAUGAUGGUAAUAUUGUUCACUUACUUUGUGAAACUCCAAAUGCAGAAUCUAAAAUCCUCAAAUCAUUAAUCGAAUCUUUACAAAAAUUAGAAACUCUCAAAUCAGAAGAAAUGCCAUCAGUCAAAGAUCUUGUCAAGAAAUCCCUUUUUGGAACCAAUUCAAGAGGUUUACAACCAAUUCACACAGCCUGUUUCUUCAAUGAAAGUGAAGAAUUAUUUAGAGAACUUGUUCGAUUACAAGACGAAUACGAAACUCAAUACGAAUCUAGUGUCAUUUCUCUCCAACAUGAAAAUCUCGAUCCAAGAUGUAAGAAGAACAUGUACUUGUUAAUGUUCAAAUUAAUCAUUACAAGUACACCUCAUAACUCCCUUUCGUCCAAAUCAUUCGAAACUGUCCAAAAAGAGCAAGAAUUAAACGACAAGUGCAUGGAUUUCAUCUUUGACAAGAUGGGUCUCACUGGUGAUCAACUUGCCAGAAUCACCCACCAAGGAGUUUCUCUCAUUAACUAUGCCUGUAAAUAUAACAGAUUACAUCUCGUCAAGAAAAUGCUAGAAAAGUCAAAUAUUGAUGUUAAUCUUCAUGUAGAUAAUUAUUAUCAUAAUCCAUUGACAAGUGCAGUUCUCGGUGGUGCAUUCAAUGUUGUCAAAUAUCUAAUUGAUGAAGUCAAAGUUGAUGUUGAAGCAAGAGAAUCAGAAACUCAAUCACGUAGAGAUUUUCCAAGUGCUUUGCAUUUGGCUAUAUUGAGAGGUCACUUUGAGAUUGCUCACUUCUUGAUUUCUCGAGGAGCUAACAUGAAUGCCACUUGUAAAAUGUCAUCUUCCAAUGGUAGCUCAAUUGAGGCAUCUGAUCCAAUGGUUAAUAAGGCUUUAUUUGGAAAUAGACAUGGAUUAGAUUCAAGUUUCGGUGUUUCAAGUCCAUCAACAUCGUGUGCAGCAAAGGAAGAUCGGGAAGAAGUUCACAAUUUACUGACCUUGUGCAUGUUAUUGUGUACUGACAAGCAAGAAACUAGCCGAAAGACAUUAGACUUUUUGGGAUCACUCAUUUCCAACUAUGAUUUCAAACCAACCUUCCCAUCCACCAACACAACCAUCACCAUGAACGAACCAAUUUGGUUUGCCAUCAGAACUAUUGGAAACAAACAAGGUUGCGAUCAAAUAUUCGAAUGGAUUUUGAAUCAUUUCUAUUCUGAUAGACAAAAACUUGCCAAUUUGAGAGAUAAGAACAAGAAUAACAUGUUACAUUGGAUUUCUGGUUAUGGAAGAGUUGAAAUGUUGGAAAUUGCCAUUUCGUACAUGUCAGAAGAUUCGUCCAUGGAUGUUCAUGUCAUGAUGAAUCAAAAGAAUUUGAGUGGUGAUACGCCACUUCAUGUAGCUUCACAACUUGGAAGAAAGGAUAUUUGUACGAAACUAAUUGAUUUGGGAGCUGACAUUCGUGUAAGAAAUAUGAAACUUCAAGAUCCAUUAUCUGCAACUUUUGUUGGAUCUGCAAAUUCGACACUCACAGCACAGUUUAGAAUUGCAUUCCUUAAAGAUUUGAGAAAGGCAGUUGAAAAUAGAGAAAGUGGAAAAACUAUUCUAAACAUGCAAGCUAAAAUUCGAAUGUUAGAAAGAAAACUAAGUGAAACUAAACUUGUCGAAUCUCCAUUAUUGGGUUCUUUCAAAUCUGCCAACGUAGAUCCUUAA